CUAUGACCAGGAUGGAAAUGUUGAAAAGUAUCACAUAGAAUUUCUGGGUGACCCCCACUCAACAGCAUGGAUAAGUGCAACAUUUGUUGGACUUUACAGUCUCACAUUAAAGAGACUCCAGCAAUAAGGAGAGGAAAUCUUUGGAUGUGGCCAAACUGCCCACAUUGGAAGCACCUUUCUCUACUGCCUGAUGCUGAGCCAAAUAGUCUGUGAGAAGAAGAUGGGUUCUACUAUCUUGGUGGAAACAGCAGAGAGGAACAUAAACACCAAAUGGAUAGCCAAGGAAGAGGAGAUUGAGGACUGAAUGGCUUCAGAAGAGAUUAACCAGGGUCCAGCAAAGCACCCAUCCACACAGAAUGGCAGAAUGUACACAUAGGAAGAGGUGGUAUAGAAGUGCCCUUGAGGAGGCGUACCAGCUCUACAGGCAUUCUCCUGAGCAAAGACUAGAGGUGUGCUGCCUAUCAAAACGGGAUAGAGCCAAAGCAGGUGCUAAAGCUGCUGUGGUGGCCAAGAAAAGGAAGAAAACCUGUCAAACUCUGAAGUUCCUCGCACACAACACUGGUGAGUUCCUCCCUCUUCUCCGAAGAUGCCAGCUAUCUUCUAGAAAAAUCCUGUGUACAUGCUCCUGAACCAAAGUCUUCAGAUACUUUCAAGUGAAUGGGAAGAUGGAGAUGGAUGUGGAGGGAGUUUCUCCGCGCCCGGAGCCCAUCCCCCGCUCCCAGGGGGCUGGCGGAGCCUGCCAGGCGCCGCCACAGCCUCCCCAGCCCCAGCCGCAGCCCCAGCAGCAGCUGGCUCAGGAUGAAGUGCCCUGCGAGAGUGCGGGCGCUGAGGACAGCGACGAUCCGGAGGCGAGACCCAACGGCGAGAGGGGGGAGAGCAAGUCUAACUCCACAGUGAGAACCUAUCAAACCAGCAAGUCACGCAUGACCAUGAGCCCUGGCUUCAGUUCCCACUGGAGCACCAGCCAACCUGCCUGGAACACAUACUCCUUCCCAAGAGCGAGCUUGCACUACCAGUCUCAUGCCAGCUACACGUACUGCACUGGCCACCCUUCACAGUCCUAUGCACCAGCUCCCCACCCUAUGGCUCCUCCCAGCCCCAGCACAAACAGCAGCAGCAACAGCAGUGGAGAACAGUUGAGUAAAACGAACCUGUACAUUCGAGGACUUCCACCAGGCACCACUGACCAGGACCUCAUCAAGCUAUGUCAACCGUAUGGAAAAAUUGUAUCCACGAAGGCAAUUCUUGACAAGAAUACGAAUCAAUGCAAAGGUUAUGGUUUUGUAGAUUUUGAUAGUCCUGCAGCCGCACAGAAAGCAGUAGCAUCCUUGAAGGCAAAUGGCGUGCAAGCACAGAUGGCCAAGCAACAAGAACAAGACCCUACAAACCUAUACAUCUCAAAUCUCCCCAUCUCUAUGGAUGAGCAAGAGCUGGAGAACAUGUUAAAGCCCUUUGGACAUGUGAUAUCCACCAGAAUCCUGAGAGAUGCUAACGGAGUCAGCAGGGGCGUUGGCUUUGCCAGAAUGGAGUCUACUGAAAAAUGUGAAGUGGUGAUUCAACAUUUUAAUGGAAAAUAUCUGAAAACACCACCAGGCAUCCCAGCCCCCAGUGAGCCUUUACUGUGCAAAUUCGCUGAUGGAGGACAAAAAAAGAGACAGAAUCAGAGCAAGUACACCCAGAAUGGGAGGCCAUGGCCCAGAGAAGGAGAGGCUGGCAUGGCUCUGACCUAUGACCCCACAGCUGCCAUACAGAAUGGAUUUUAUUCUUCACCGUACAGUCUCGCGACCAACCGCAUGAUCCCACAGACAUCUAUCACGCCAUUCAUUGCCGCCUCCCCUGUCUCCACGUACCAGGUCCAGAGUACUUCAUGGACGCCUCAUCUGCCAUACAUUAUGCAACCAACAGGUGCUGUGAUCACACCCACCAUGGACCACCCCAUGUCAAUGCAGCCAACAAACAUCGUGGGCCCCCUGACGCAGCAGAUGAACCAUCUUUCACUGGGGACAGCAGGAACGAUUCAAUCCCAAGACAGAAUUAUGGUACUUCACCAGCUGUUGUGUCAGUAUAUGACUGCUGCUCCUAUGCAAGGGACCUACAUUCCCCAGUACACGCCUGUGCCUCCGACAGCUGUUUCUAUUGAAGGUGUUGUUGCUGAUACCUCUCCCCAGACGGUGGCCCCUUCAUCCCAGGACAGCAGUGGUCAGCAGCAACAGUUAGCAGUGGACACACCCAAUGAACACGCACCUGCAUACUCUUUCCAACAAUCCAAACCAUAGACAGAAGUGAGGCUGUCCAUCUGAACCUUUACCUUCAAUGAAGACACUUCACUGAGCAAGAAGUUAGUCGGCCUCCAGUUUGCACAGGCGCCAAGGGAAAGCUUUUUUCUUUUAUUUUUAUUUUUUUUUAAUUUUAUACUUUACUCAAAGAAAACAAGGUUUUUAUGUGCUGUGCAAAUGGUUCCUUCGUGUGGUCUGACAGUUAUUUUUGUCAUACUUUUUUUUAAAGGGAAAACAAAUCCCAGAAAAGGGGGCGGGAGGGUAAACAUCAAAGCUGAUGUUUUCUGUGGAAGAACAUUUGAAGUCAGAAUUUGCCUAGAGGUGUAAGUAGUUUUUUGUUUGUUUGUUUGGUUUGGUUUUUGUUUUUUAUUUUAGUAGAAAACCUGAUGUCAAGAGGUGGGCAACCGGAAAUAUAAGGAAAUUAUUUUCCUCAGUAAUUAAGCUAUUUUUUUCCUCUUUUUCCUUUCCUGAUUGAACCUACUGGGCUGUUUUCUUUAUAUUUUAUGUUUUCUUAGAAAUAUUUAGGUAAGGUUUAUCUUGAAUCUUAAUUGCCUUAAUUUUAAGGACGUCAAGGCUCGCGAGGCAUGCUGUCAACGUCUUGUUAUAAAAAGAAAUCCAGAAAGAAUUGAAGUAUUGUGCCAGCUUUCACUGGCAUAGAAGAUGGAGACUGAGAUUUUAGGGUGGAAAAAAACUGUACAGUUUAAAAGAAAAUGCUUUUUCUUCAUUUGAAGAAAAUUUGUUGUUAAAAGAAACUGCAGCAACUGCAAGAAUUGGGAAAUGCUGGGACUUCUCAUGAACUUUGACACAGUCGUUCUAGAAGGCUAAAAGACAUUUUAUGGUAAAGAUAUUCAUUUUGGUUUAAAAACAACUGCAUUAGAAAUAAUGCGUGUUUGGGGGGCAGAAUGCAAAUUUUUUUUAAUUUACAGAGCGUGGUUGCUAGCGAAAGCGUUAGUGCUUUUUAUCUGCAGUUUUUUCUAUGAGCUUUGUCAGGUUUUAGUCAGCUUUGCUUGUCACAUUGCAAAACCUAGUGUAAGAGCACUAAAAACAAAACUUAAGUAGAUAGAAGCUUACGGUCAAAAAGUGCAAAAAAAUAAAAUAAAAAAACACACACACAAAAAAAAGACAAAACAAAAACAAAAAAAGCAAUAGAUAGAGAAAUUGUUGACAAUUUCUGUAGUCUUUCUUAGUUGUGGUCAAUUGCAGCCUAUGGAUGGCCUAUUUUAUACCAAAGAUGAAGUGAGACCCUGUUACAGUCGUGAUGGUAGACACUGCUUUUCUUUCCUUAAAGUUUUGUUUGACCUACAUGGCCGGACCAGUUCUAACUUCAUUUCAACUACCUUCCACUAGUGUUUUACAUAUGGCAAAAAAAAAAUUGUUUUUCUAGAAAUGUAUAUUUGUUGAUAGUUGAAGUUUGUACCUACUGUGCUCAGCAGUUCAAGCAUGAAGAAUCUGAGAACUGAUGGAUUGAUGGAAGCAGGUGACUUUCACUCCCGUGAGCUUUUCUAGCUCCUGUCUGUUUCUCUUCAGCAGUGGAUGGAUGAGCACUGAUACACCGGGUCCUUUGUUCAAGAGGUUGCAAUGUCUUCAUGUGAACUGCAGACUAAGGAUGCUUCCUGAACAUGUUCUGAAAGAUGUCUGAAAGACCACUUGUCAGAAAGGCUCAGUGAUGUUCUGUGCAGUGGGGCCUGGUCCCCUGAGAAGUACUCAUGCAUUGGUUACAAUCGUCUUCCUUCCGAACACCAACAUAAACAGAUUUUGUCUUCUCCCCUUCAUUUUGUUACUGGCCCAUCUUGAAUAGACACCUUGAUUCUGUACUUGGGAAGGGGAUGUUUUCCUUUUCCCUCUUCCCAUUGUGUUUUCAUAUCUUGAUAUUGACAGGAGAGACAACACAGAGCUUUUUAAAUUUCAGUUUAAUUAUCUGAGAUAAGUGAGGCCAUUAAGAUCGAAGAUUCCUUUUAGUGCAGUAGAGGCAAGCUCUUAACAUGCUCGUUGACAAUCAAUAAAUUGUAUGCUUUUUAUCAACAAGAACUGAAAGAAUUAGAGUUGGCCCAGCACUAAAACCAAAGGAGACAUUUGCACUUGGAAUAAUGCAAAACUUGGCUUAGAAAUGAUCGAAAGUGACUUAGUGAGAAAUCCUAAUAGUUCUGACUUAUCGUACCUGGGAUCUACUUACAUGGUUUUGCUUGAAGCUAGAGACAGUGGCACGGAACUCUCUGUUCAUGGAACCAUUCUGAAGAAUUGCUUUUGAAUGAAGAAUUUGAACCAAGGAGGCAGAGUUCCUUCUUCAGGGGUUGUCUGUCUGAGUACAUAGGAAAGACACAAGCCCCAGAGAGGAAAGAGUAGGCUCUCCAAAACAAAACAAGCUACAAGGCAAAUCACAGUCCCACAACUGAGGAGUCUGCCCCAACCCAAAAGUCCACUGUCUCACUAGACCCCGAUUCUCUUCUUUGCAACCUGUGAAUUGAGUGCUCAAGUCUAGAGAGUGACUUCAUAUGUUGGCCACCAAACUAAUGACAAGACCGUAUCCAAGGUGAUGGCUCCACACUGCAGAGCAAUCCUGUGCUUCACCUUCAUGCUAAUAGUUUUCUGUGCUUUGGAAGGAACCUGACAUGUCUGCAUUCUUCAGUGACACCUGUUGGAAGGGUGGACUUGAAUUUUGUCUUUGGGAAACAAACCCUCAAGUUCCAGGGGCUUUCAGAAAACUCACACGAGACUACAGUUUCUCCUUCUCCUUCACCCUCUCUCAAUUCUUUGUUUAAGUAAGGAUUAUCCUGGGCAUCAUUCAUUUGAAUAUGAAACCAACAUACUUUCUUGUCCUUUCUGUAAAAGUACCAAAUACAUGUAUUCAUGUGAUACAAAGAGAGUCUCAUUUGCAUAUCUAACAAUGAGGCUGCAAGGUAGCUACCAUGUGGCUGUUGAAGGUGCCUAGGUUAACUUCAUGCUCUUACAUAUACAUUCUGAAACAUUUCUUUCAGCUCUGAAAUUUUCAUAAUCUCUUUCCUUUUAAGCCACCUCAGUCCAAAGGAAAUCAUUAUGUCAUUUUAUGUGUUUGUGUGUGUUUUAUGUUUGGGCUGUUUCUAUAGUGCCAUUCCAUGAAAUCCUUUAAGAAGAAAAAAAAAUGUGCGUAUUCAAAUUGGCUCCCCCUUUCUCUGUCAUUUUUACCUAAGAAUUGUUUUCGGUAGUCCAGUGUAUCGGGGAAAGAAAAGGCAUUGUCAGAUAACAGUACAACAUUGUAAUAAAAACAAGAACCCUGACCCAAAAACAAAUGCACAAUGUGUGCGGCACAGACCCCACAAUCUCAAACUAGUCAGCAGUGCACAUGAUAGUCCUCAUAUGAUUUAGGACUACAGUUAUUUUUUAAAUUGAAGUAAAAUUCUAAUUCUUCAGAUUGUCAAGAUGUUUUCAUUUUUCCCCUUUCAUUACCACGUCUUGGAUGACAAAUUAGGAAAGCAACUAAAGCCAAGAUCCAAACAAGAUAAACACCAUGUCAUCUAAAUGCUACUAAUGUGUCAGGAAAGUGGGUUUCUUUGAAUAAUGACAAGACAUCAGGGGAAGCAGAGUAUGUGGUGACUGGUGGCUGUGUCUCCUAAGGACCCCAGAAUAGAACCUGUAUGAGCUAAUGGUAAUAUCAGCAGGUGCUGAAGAUUAAAAAUGUGUGCUUAGUUUUUGUUCUUUCAAAAAAAUCUUUGUUUAAUGAUUAGAAUGUCUAUGAAAAAACCUACACAUCUUUUUUUUAUUGACUUAAAAAUGCCCUUUAUCGAAGAAUGGGAUUUAAUUUCAACAGGAUCCUUGCAUCUUCUUCUCAAGUGAGAUGUUUCAAUGGGAUUGCUGCAUAGACUAUGAUGUUAAUAGGCUAAAAAUACUUUUGACAAUCCAGUCUCAUUCGUGCCAGUGUGCCAACAACUGCAGACACGCUGAAAAUGGAGAGUAAGUCUUAAGUGGGUUUUGAUGGAAAAUACAUGGUUCCAAACUAGUGAGACAACGGAAUUGAAAGUCAUUUGUAAUGGCAUUUGGUAUGGGAAGCAAUCACAUUAGAACAUUGUAUAAUCAUGUCACAGAACUGUGAUCUACUUUAUUUUUACCAUAGUAUAGAGUAAAGGAUAAGAUCUCUUUUUUUCUUGCCACUGGGACUGGUAUGCUAAACAUUUUUCUGAGCCCACUGGCCUUGAAAGUUUCUCUUGAACCCCAGGGAUGGCAGGAUUGGCAGUCUCCUUGAUUCCAUUUCCUCUUUGAGAAGGAAUAGUGGAGUUCAUGGAUCAACUCAUUUUACAGUUGUGGUAUUGCAAUGUGGGUUGAGACAAACUUGAGAUUAAUAUUUCUUACCCAUACAAAAUGGGACCCUUCAACCAAAUGCUAUCUGUCUUGACUGUUCUUUGUGAUAACCUGGAGUUCAGGAAGGUAUAAAAGCUAAGCAAGAAGCUGGACAUGGCCCCAUGAUUUAAGAAGGCUGGGUUCAGCACUUAUUACUGAUUUCUGUUGUCUUUGGGCUGAUCCCCUAACUUGUAACAUACAGAUAUAGUUGCUGUCACAGAAAGGGUUGGCUGUCUUCUAGUCAGUAACAGCCAUGCUGUUCUGGGCAGGAGAAUAAUGUGCUGAGGAAUUCGUUUCACUGGUGAAGACUCCAAGCUGAACAGAGGCAAGAUGGAGCUUGGGGAUUUGGGGAAAAUUGUGAGGUCGCCUGGGAGAUUUUCUUAACAUUGCUCCAUUUUCUGAGUUUCAAAGAAACAAACAAUCACUGUCAAUAUACAAGGGCUGACUGACUAACUUGGGAGUGUUUUGUCUUUUCUUCUUAAUGACUGACCCUGUUAACCUGAGCAUUUCACCCCAAAGAUGGGCAGAAGAAACCACUGAAAACAACUCACUCCAGUCUAUGUUGCUUCCCAAGUAUUGAUUUAUCACGGGAAUUUUAAUCGUUACUGAAAAAUCAAUAUCCACACAUUAUACACUAUGAAUUCCAACAGUCCAUAAUGUCCUUUUCCUGUCCACCACACAUAAUCAAGAGUUGGCUGAAUUCUUGCAAAACAUAAAUGGAAAAAUUAUAACAACAAACUUGGCUCCCCUAAAACAAAGCUACUUUGGCUUCAUUCUCUUUACUGACACUCAACACCAGGAAAGAAAGUCAACACAAUUUCCAUCAGGAGAAAACAACAAUAGUUUUGGCUAAAUGUACAUUUUUAUCCCCCUUUAAAAUCUUUUUGACCACAAAAUCAUUUUCAUUUUUGUUGUUUUUCCUGUUUGAAUCGGUAUUACUGUAUUAAGACUGAGAGUCACUCAUAUUCCAGGGCAUAAUUUUAUGGCCAUUGUGUAUGUAAGCACAAAGUGUAAUAUUAGUGUUACACUUUGGACUUUAAAACCUCUGGUCCAACAUUAUUAAUAAAGUUGGUUUCUCUUCCUCCCCAAAUGUGUUAUGUCCUCAUAUGUGAAAAGGAGUAAGCUAUUCCAUCCCUGUUAGGAACAGUAAAAUUAUUUCAAAGAGACAUUGGGUAUCUGAAAUCACUUUGUUCUCCAUUCUGGAAGCAAGUGUCUCCAUUUACUUAAGAAUAUCAUUGGAAUCUUAAUUUUUAAGCUCUGGAUGAAAGUACUUCAGUUUCAAAGAAAACUGUGACACGGCUUUUUCUUUAAAAGCUUUGUUUUAACUGUCUUCAACUCCAUGGACCUUCUGAAAUACCAUUUUGAGAUUUUCUUUAAGGGCAUCUUUGUAUUGCUGUCUUGGACUGUCAUGGAGAGUUCUGUAAUCCUAUGGCGUUUCUGGUUUUAUCUUUAAGUUCUUUCAUGUAUAUCAUGGUCAAGUUAGACACCAUUUCCCCUGUUCCCUGGGCUCUCUGUAGAUCAGUGGAUAUUAGGUUUCAAUUUCUGUUUUCUUUGAUGAAGCUUUCAAUAAAAAAAUGAAAAUAAAAUCAA